AUGACAAAGGGCAAAUACAACGUUGGCUACUUCGUCAACUGGGGCAUAUACGCACGCAAAUACCCGCCCUCUGCCAUUCCCACCUCUGACCUCACCCAUCUCCUCUACGCCUUUGCCAACAUCUCCCCAGACACCGGUACCGUCUCACUCUCAGACCAAUGGGCAGACGAGCAGAUCCACUACGAAGGUGAUAGCUGGAACGACCCUGAUGCAAACUCCAACCUCUAUGGAAACUUCAAAGCCCUCCACCUCCUCAAAAAAGCCAACAGGCACCUCAAACUCCUCCUCAGCAUCGGCGGCUGGACCUACAGCCCCAGCAUGCACCCCGUCGUCGUCGACCCCUCCAAACGCGCCCAGUUCGUCCGGAGCAGUCUCCAGCUCCUCGAAGACUACGGGCUAGACGGGCUCGACGUCGACUACGAGUACCCCCAGAACGACGCCCAGGCACGGGGCUACGUCGAGCUCCUCCGCGAGCUCCGCGGAGCACUGGACGUCCACGCGCAGGGGAGGGGCGGGUACAGGUUCCUGCUCACCAUCGCUGCGCCCUGCGGACCGGACAACUACCACAAGCUCCAUGUCCGAGAGAUGGACGCGUCGCUGGAUCUGUGGAAUUUGAUGGCGUAUGAUUUUGCGGGUUCGUGGGACAAGGUUGCGGGCCAUCAGGCGAAUCUGUAUGGGCCGCCGAUUAGUGCGUCUCAGGCGGUGGAUUUUUACCGGUCCAAGGGUGUGCAUCCUGGCAAGAUCGUGUUGGGUAUCCCGCUUUAUGGGAGGUCGUUUAUGGGUACGGACGGCCCUGGGUCGGGGUACAGUGGGGUUGGGGAGGGGAGUUGGGAACGCGGUGUGUAUGAUUAUAGGGCGCUGCCUUUACCUGGGAGCUAUGUCAUGCGGGACGAGCACAAAAAGGCGAGCUGGACGUACGAUUAUCGUACGCGGGAAAUGGUCAGUUUUGAUUCGGAAGAGGUGGCUCAUUGGAAGGGUCAGUAUAUCCGGCAGCAAGGCUUGGCGGGUGCGAUGUACUGGGAACUUAGUGGUGACAAGAGGCGCCUGGGCAGAGCCUUGGUUGCUGUUGUCAAGCAUGCAAUGGGUGGACUUGAGAUGAACGAGUACAAUUGGUUGCAUUAUAAUCGUAGCAAGUUUCCGAAUAUGAGGAACGGGAUGUAA